UGGCCCUGAUGUUCAAUGACCUGUCAUACUAUUCCUCUUUACUUUAAAAUACACAAACCAUUUUUGUUUGUACAGGUUUACAAGGAAGGCAAAGAGGAUAUUCCAAUGUUACCUGGCGAAAAUAUGCAAGAGUCUACAUGGAAAGAUGUCACAUAUUUGUGCCCUUUCACUGACUGUGUAAAAGGAACUCUUACAGUUACAAACUACAAGUUGUAUUUCAAGAGCACAGAAAGGGAUUCUAUGUUAACGCUGGACGUUCCAUUAGGAGUGAUCAGUCGUGUUGAGAAGAUUGGUGGCACCACAAGCAGAGGGGAGAACUCCUAUUGUAUAGAUCUGCAUUGCAAGGAUAUGCGAAAUCUUAGAUUUGCUCAUCGGCCUGAAAACCAUUCACGUCGUCUUGUUUAUGAAAAGAUCCACACAUAUGCAUUUCCUGUCACAAACAAACAGGGAUUAUUUGCGUUUGAUUACAAGGAGAAGUUUGAUGUGAAUGGCUGGACUGUUUACGACCACGAAGCUGAGCUGAAGAGACAGGGAGUUCCUAAUGAUAACUGGAGAGUUAGCAAGCUGAACGAGAAAUAUGAUGUCAUCGACACAUAUCCAAGCUAUUUUGCAGUACCAAAGCAGGCCAAUGAUGACUUCCUGAGACAGGUGGCAACUUUCAGAUCUCGAGGAAGAAUUCCUGUGCUGUCAUGGAUCCACCCAAAGAGUCAGGCUACAAUCACUCGCGCCAGUCAGCCGCUGGUAGGGGUCACAGGGAAACGUAACGCUGAUGAUGAGAAAUAUGUGCACAUGAUCACAGAUGCCAAUGCUCACUCCAACAAGCUUUACAUCAUGGACGCUCGGCCCAGCAUGAACGCUGUCGCUAAUAAGGCAAAGGGUGGAGGGUUUGAGAGUGAGGAUGCGUACAAUGGUGCAGAGGUCCUCUUCCUGGACAUACACAAUAUCCACGUCAUGAGAGAAAGUCUACGUAAGCUGCGAGAUGUUGUUUUCCCCACUAUCGAUGAUGCCAAGUGGUUGAGCAACAUUGAUGCAACACAUUGGCUUGAUCACAUAAAGGUAAUCCUUGCCGGUGCGGUGAAGAUAGCGGACAAGGUAGAGAACAACAAGACCUCUGUGCUGGUGCACUGCAGUGAUGGUUGGGACCGCACGGCCCAGUUGGCUGCUCUCGCCAUGAUCAUGCUCGACCCAUACUACCGCACCAUUGUCGGCUUUGAGGUCCUUAUUGAGAAAGAGUGGCUCGCCAUGGGGCACAAGUUUGCUCAGCGUGUUGGACACGGAGAAGACAAGCACUCGGAUGCCGACCGAUCACCCGUGUUCUUGCAGUUUAUAGACUGUGUGUGGCAAAUGACUAGACAGUUCCCAAAUGCGUUUGAGUUCAAUGAGCAUUUCCUGAUCACCGUCCUGGACCAUCUGUAUAGCUGCUUGUUUGGAACCUUUCUGUACAACUCAGAGGCUCAGAGAGUCAAAGAAAUGAAGGUGAAGGAGACGACAUGCUCCCUGUGGUCAUACAUCAACAGUGACAUUGACGAGUUUCGUAACCCCCUGUAUGCCGAGUACCUUCAUAACCAUGUGCUGUUCCCCGUGGCAAGCAUGAGGCGUAUCGAGAUCUGGACACACUACUACUGCAGGUGGAACCCACGCAUGAGGCCCCAGGAGCCACUGCACCUGAGGAACCGUGAGCUGAUGAUCCUGCGCACACAGCUGCAGCAGAAGGUACAGGAGAUGCAGAGGGAGUUGCAGGUGAAGAACUCACGGGGGAUCUCAUCAUCAGUGGCACCAAGGAUGUCCUCCCCUGUGAAUGUUUAGACACCCAGGAGCAUAGUUUCGGACAAUAACUGGGCUUAAGGCAUGCCUGUUAAGUGUCAUCCAUAUUAGCCUGUGCAGUCAGCACAGGCUUAUCAGGGACGACACUUUCCACCUACAUUGGAUUUUUGUUUAGAAAAAAUCUCCUUUACUUGAAAAAUUCCUUUAAAGCGGAAUUUUUUGUCCCUGAUUAGCCUGUGUGGAUUUCGCAGGCUUAUCUGAGACGACACUCUACACAUGCAUUAAGCAAAGUUUUCCCAGAGUGAGGAUCAUAUAGGCAGGUCUCCAUCUAGAAUACAGCUGGACAUCGCUAGUACAUAGUGGACAGAAGCUUGCAAAUGACUAGGAUUUAUGGGGUUGGCUUUAUACAAAUAGUGACCAUGUAGUCUAAAUAUUUUCUUUUUCAGCCUUUUAUCCAUCAAAAUUUAUGUCUAGGGACUUAAAGAAUUUAAACAAUUAAACAAUGCCUAGGAAUUCUUCGUCACCACUGCAGUCAGUACUGUCAUCAAAAUAAGCUGAUAACCCAAGCAAGCUCAAGUUCUUGUACAAAUACUUUUGUGUGGAAAAAGUCUUUCAACAUAAAAUUUAGAAUCCAAGCAAUCUCGAUUCAAAGUUUACCUAAAAUAGGCUUGCAGGCUUGUGCAAGUUUGUAUCACUGUCUUGAUGCUGUCGUCUGUAAAUAUCAUGGACCCUUGUUGAUGUAGAAUGUCUUGAACUUAAUACUUCAGCCAUGGUUGUAAAAAACAAAGGCAUGUGCCAAUAACUGCAAUUUAUUUUUACCUAAGUUAAGACAAAAUACACAUAUGUAAUAAAAAAACUUAAGCAAUAGUUUGUUUUGUUUACAAUCCUUAAUGUGUGUAUGUGUAUUACACAUUGGUCUCCCUUGGUAAUCAGGAAUGCUGAUGAACUUCAUGAUUUUCAUUGUUUGUUUGUUUUGUUCUUAAGAGUUGUUUUCCUUUAUGACUGAAUACUUUUUCUAAAAUAUUAAGUAAGAAACCAUUAUUAAUGGACCAAAGCACAUUCACAUGAAACAAAUGAAAUUCACCGUUAUAUAAAUCACAUCAUGCAAAAAUUGGUCUUAAGCCAUAUUCUGGUCAGUUUGCUCCUCUCCAGCCUGCGCAUUAGCAAAGUCAGGUCAGGAGCUACCCUGUCACUUAAGAGAUCACUAAACCUUGUGUGACUUUAUUAACGACAGGGUCAGUCGUGAUUUGGGGAACAAAUGCACUGGGUUGUCUUGACCUCAGAUUGCAGCAUAUAGCGUAUGUCCAAUUUUUGCAUGUCAUGGUUAUAAAACACAUGGUUAAUGAAUGUUAAGUUUCUGUAUUCAUUCAUCAUUUGCAUCAUAAAUGUCAGUAGUACACAUCUUUAUGAAGAUUAUCGAAAGUUAAAUGGUUGUAAAGGAUAAUUAAAUUUAUUGCGUAUUACAUUGUUUUCUUAGUAGAAAUAUAUAUGUACCAAAGAAAACUUCAAUGGUAUUUUAAAAGUACAUUUUUUAAACAUACUGGUCAAGGCAACCCAUUGAAAUAAUUUUGUUAAAAACUUUAAUCUUUAUAUUUAACAAUACAAACUACACAAAUAAAUCAUCCCAUGCACACACAUGUUUAUUUUUAUAUUUAUUUAGAAAAAAAGCUAAUACCUUUUUGAAGCAUCUUAUUUGUUAAUAGCAUUUUAUUUUCAUUGUGCACACCAGCUAUUGUACAGCAAUGUUCAGGCUGUAAGAGACAUUGUUUUAAAAAACUGUAAAGAAAUUUGUUUAAGAAUAGCAAUUGAACAUAUUGCAUUUUGUUUGUUUUCUUCAUAGAGUGAUGUCAAUUAAACAUGAUGCCAUAUAUAGUACAAGUAUUUAUUAAUGUGAAUGUUAAGAUGUUGCUUUUGAAACAACACUGUUUUCAUGAAUUAUUUUGUGUUAUGUGCAAUAUGUAAAUAUUACAGUACUUAUAUAUCACAGUACUUAUAUGUAAUUCCAGAACUCAUGUGUGCCUUUUCUUACUGAUUGGAUCAUUUUUAUUAGCUCACCUGAUUGCUCAGGUGAGCUUUUGUGAUCAGUCUUUGUCCGUCGUCUGUCCGUUCGUCCGUCCGUCCGCUGUCCACAUUUGGUAUGUAAACACUCUAGAGGCCAUAUUUCUUGUUCAAUCUUCAUGAAACUUCGUCAGGAGAUUUGUCCCAAUGAUACCUCGAUCGAGUUCAAAACUGGGUCAUGCUGGGUCAAAAACUAGAUCACUAGGUAAAAAAAAAGAAAAACCUUAUAAACACUGUAGAAGUCACAUUUCAUGCCCAAUCUUCAUGUAACUUUGUCAAAAUGUUUGUCUUAAUGAUAUGUUGGUUUAGUUCAAAAGUGGUUCCGGUCCGUUGAAAAACAUUGCCACCAGUAGGGCGGGGCAGUUUUCCUUAUUUGGCUAUAGACAAACCUUGUAAACACACUAGAGGCCACAUUUCUUGUCCGAUCUUCAUGAAGCUUGGACAGAAGAUUUGUCCCAAUGAUACCACGAUCUAGUUCGAAAUGGGUCAUGCUGGGUCAAAACUAGGUCACUUGGUCAAAAAAAAUAACAACUUUGUAAACACUGUAGAAGUCACAUUUCAUGCCCAAUCUUCAUGUAACUUUGUCAAAAUGUUUGUCUUAAUGAUAUGUUGGUUGAGUUAAAAAGUGGUUCCGGUCCGUUGAAAAACAUGGCUGCUAGUGGGCGGGGCAGUUUUCCUUAUUUGGCUAUAGAGAAACCUUGUAAACACUCUAGAGGCCACAUUUCUUGUCCAAUCUUCAUGAAACUUGGACAGAAGAUUUGUCCCAAUUAUACCUCGAUCGAGUUUGAAACUGGGUCAUGCUGGGUGAAAAACUAGGUAAAAAAAAGAAAAACCUUGUAAACACUGUAGAAGUCACAUUUUAUGCCCAAUCUUCAUGUAUCUUUGUAAAAAUGUUUGUCUUAAUGAUAUGUUGGUUGAGUUCAAAAGUGGUUCCGGUCCGUUGAAAAACAUGGCCACCAGUGGGUGGGGCAGUUUUCCUUAUUUGGCUAUAGAGAAACCUUGUAAACACUCUAGAGGCCACAUUUCUUGUCCAAUCUUCAUGAAACUUGGUCAGAAGAUUUGUCCUUAUGAUACCUCGAUCGAGUUUGAAACUCUAGAGGCCACAUUUCUAGGUCCAAAGCUUACAAAAACCUUUUAAACACAUGUAGAAUUAGCAUUACUUGCAAAUGUUUGCAUUGCAAAGAACCCAUGCAAAUGGACAGUACUCAAUCAGAAUUAAUCAUAUGCUCACACUGCACAAGUAAACAGAAGAGAACCAAUCUAAUUAGCUCUAGAGUACUGAAUUUUCAACUACCGGUAAGCAAUCAACAAGGCCUUGUAAAAAAAGGUGAGCGAACUAGGGCCAUCUUGGCCCUCUUGUUCUAACAUGUUUAUGUGUACAUUUUCAAAUUCAAAUACGGUAGCAAUUAUAUCUGUUACUAGUAGAACAUUAAAAUUAUAGGUAUGCACAUGGACGUAAAUAAAUUGUUUACAUCAAGAUUUAUUGUAAAAAAGAAUGGCUAUUGAUUUGAAGGAAUAUAUUUGUAUACUUUAGAUAGAUAUUUUUAAUAAAAUAGAUUGACCUUC